UAAAUAAUUUUUGAUUUGGGUAGUGUCCCAUCUAGGGAAUAGAAAGGAACUCCAGUGAGCUGUAGAAGUAGAAAGGUUUUUAAGUGAGGAGAGAAAGCAGAAAAACAAUGAUUGGCAAAGAUCCAUUGUUGUAGGCAAGGUUGUUCUCCUAAGAGGAGAGAAGAGGAUCCAUCAGUAUACUUUCUAGUGCCCCUUUCACCCUUGACAAGCUAAAUUGCCACACUUUACUCUUCUAAGGAGAAUGUUUGCAUGCCCAUUUCAUAUGUGUGGAACUCCAAACAAUGUACACUUGGUCUGAAAAACUUCUUCUCCAAUUUGUUUUCACCAUCCUCUCUUCUGGGCUGCAGUUCUGGCUGCCAGGAAGCCCCUGGAAGAUGUGUCUGAUCCCUCACUGUAAGUCAAAGACACUUCUCCAGCCUGCAUCCUACCCAGACAUCAGUGGUGACUUGAAGUGACUUGUUUCCUGGUCUAAAAAUUUUGUUCUUCAUCUCUAUAAGGAAUAGUAUACAAAUCUUUCACAUUACCUUUGGUGCUGGGUACAGGAUUUCUUCUGGUGCCCCCUCUCAAGAUAUAAGCCUCCAGUGAUUAGAGGUCCAAGAUUCCAGAACCAACUUUGUUUCAUUGACCUCAGAGAAUGAGGUCAAACGGACCUCUUUACCAUGGCUGCCUCACAUUCCAAUCAGCUUCAGUCUUUGUUAACAUCAUUUGUUACAGCAGUGACACGUUAUACAGCUCUUUAUACUGACAAUUUCCUGUAGUUCAUCAUGUCCACUAGGUGAAUAUCUCCCUGACUUCUGUUCUGUUCUGUCCCCUUUAAUACACAGGCAAGAGGCAGGGGAUGUGUGGGAUCUCAGGACAGUUGGGAUGGUCCAUAGAAAGUCCCAAGUGGAUAGUCCAGCAUGACUUCUUAGAACAUGAGAAUCCAUACCACCUGCUGUUUCUGCUCCAGUGCCUUCUACUGCUCCAGCCAUGGGUCAGUCCUCCUCUUCCUCUUCCACACCCUCUCCUAUAGAGGGUGGUGAUUUGAUCUCCAGCUUUGACAAGUUUUUUAAGGACUUCAAACUAGAAAGUGAAAUGCUCUCUCAGGAAGCCAUCACAUUGAUUCAGUCACACCUGGAGAAGGGGGACCUUCAGAGAGCAGUUUCUGCAAUUAAUGAUGCACUGAGAGACAUUGACAAUACCCCUCUGAACAUUGCUGUGAUUGGGGAGUCUGGGGCAGGGAAGUCCAGCUUCAUCAAUGCCCUGCUGGGAGUCGGGCAAGACGAUGAAAACGCUGCCCACACAGGGCCAGUGGAGAUAACCUUGGAGAGAGCCAAAUACGAAUACAAAAAAUUUCCCAAUGUGAUGUUAUGGGACCUGCCAGACCUGGGAACCACUCUACUUCCACGGCAUGAGUAUCUACAGAAAAUGAAAUUUGGGCAGUAUGAUAUCUUUAUUAUCAUCUCUGCUGUACGCCUCAAAAUGAAUGAUUUGGAUCUGGCUAUAGCAAUUAGGAAAAUGAAGAAGCAUUUCUAUUUUGUCCGAACUAAAGUGGACCUUGAUUUAAAUAAUCUAAGAACCUGUAAACCCAGCACAUUCAAUAGGGAUGAAAUCCUGCAAAGGAUCCGCAAUGACUACGUGACUCAUUUGGAGAAUGUUAAUAUGGGUGACACUCAGAUCUUCUUAGUCUCCAGCCUUGAAUUGUCUGACUAUGAUUUCCAACACCUAGAGACCACGCUUCUGAGGGAGCUCCCAACCCACAAGCACCAAAAGCAGCAUAUCUUCAUGCAAUACUUGUCAACUGUUGCUGAGGCUGCUAUUGACCAGAGGAGGGAUUCCCUGAGACAGAAGGUCUGGUUGGACGCCCUGAAGGCUGGAGUUUUGGCAACCAUACCUUUCAUGAGUUCGAUCAUUGAUAUUGAUGUGGUGAAGCUGGAGGAAACUUUAAGCUUCUACAGGUCUCACUUUGGGCUGGAUGAUGCAUCCCUAGAAAUCAUAGCAAAGCACUUGAACGUGUCAAUAGGGAAACUCAAGACAAACCUCAAGUCUCCCCAUUUGCUAUCAGUUGAGAAGGAUGAGGAGGCAUUAGAGAAAAAAUUGUUGACAUAUGUGGAAAAAUCCAGAGCAGAAUUUAGUGGAGGACUCAUUGCCACUACUAUGUAUGUUCAGAAUAUUUUCUAUUUGAAAAUUUAUUUCCUUGAGUGUGUGGCAAAUGAUGCUAAAGUUCUUCUUAGAGAAGAGAAUUUUAAGGAUGUUGUGGGCUCUGGACAAGCCUCUCUACUUCAGCAUGUCAGGAAUGAUAAUGGGAAAAGUGAAGCAACCAGUUGCUGAUUCUUCUCAGUGUUGUCGUGGUGGCUGGUGCCUGGAACAUUGACUUCAGGCUCCGUUGAAGCAGUCCUGUCCCACUGCCCUCAAGGUGUAUCACGGACAUUUCCAUAAUAUACUCUUGAACAAACUA